AUGCCUUCCCGUAGAAGAACUCUCCUCAAAGUCAUCAUCCUCGGCGAUAGCGGGGUUGGGAAGACCUCCUUGAUGAAUCAAUAUGUUAAUAAGAAGUUUAGCAACCAGUACAAGGCGACCAUUGGUGCCGAUUUCUUGACCAAGGAAGUGCAAUAUGAAGACCGGCGUUUCACUUUACAGAUAUGGGACACAGCUGGUCAGGAAAGGUUCCAGAGCCUUGGCGUAGCGUUUUAUCGUGGUGCUGAUUGCUGUGUACUUGUUUAUGAUGUCAACUCCGCGAAAUCAUUUGAGGAUCUCAACAACUGGAGGGAAGAGUUUCUGAUCCAGGCAAGUCCUUCAGAUCCAGAGAACUUUCCCUUUGUUGUUAUCGGUAAUAAGAUCGAUAUAGAUGGUGGAAACAGUCGAGUGGUUUCAGAGAAGAAGGCUCGAGCUUGGUGUGCUUCAAAGGGAAACAUCCCAUACUAUGAAACCUCUGCCAAAGAAGGCACCAAUGUAGAAGACGCUUUCUUGUGCAUAACCAAGAACGCAAUGAAGAGUGGAGAAGAGGAAGAAAUGUACAUGCCAGACACAAUUGAUGUUGGAACCACCAAUGCACAGAGGUCAACAGGGUGUGAAUGCUAA